AUGGCAUCCCGCACUCAAAGCCCCGACUCCUCCAGACCCAAAAUAGUCGCCCUCCCCAGCCUCGCAUCAUCUCUCUCAUCCCUCCCACAAGCAAAAUCAAUGGCACAUGUCGCUUUACACCCGAAUAUGUAUGGUCAGAGAGCAGUGGAGAGCGAAGCCAAGUUGCAACGCGCGCUCACGAAAAAUGCGUCUCAUGAAACGCAGAAUACUCCGUCGCCGGUGUAUAACCUCCCACCACGACCUGAAUCACCGAACAACUUAAACUCACCCCUCAUGAUGCGCGAGCCGCAGAGACCAAAAUUCUCUACAUGA